AUGCAGCUCACCAACAUCCUCCUCGCUUUCAUGGCCAGCGCAGUCGUUGUAAUGGCAGCCCCGGCCGCUGAAGUUAACGAGAACAACGCCGCGGUGUGGAAGUGCCCAACAGGAUGGGCAGUAUGCGGCACGUGUAAUGGAGGUGACUGCAAGGUGGCAGGCACAAACCGUGCACAAAACAAAGCGGCGCUGGAGAUGGAACAAUCUGCGGGAGCCCUGGGCUUUUCGACAUUCAAAUGGAUUGCCCUGGCCGCCGUAGAUGAGAAGAGCUUUUUGGAAAUCCACUGUGAUUUCCUAUUGUGA